ACACACUUUAUGCUGCUGACUUGUUCAUGCAGCUGAGACAAUUUUACCAGCAUAGCUAUACAGGACGUCUCACGAUCAUUUAUAUGAUAUUAGGCUGGGGAUUCCCUGCUGUCAUGGUGGCCAUAUCUCUGGGAGUGUCCUACAGAGUGGAUGACCCACUGAACUAUCGGCAAGACAAAGUAUGUUGGCUAGCUGCUACAGAUGACAAGGAGAAGUUUGACUUCAGGAAGCCAAUGCUGUGGGGAUUUCUGGUGCCUAUGUCAGCAAUGCUCCUUUUCAAUGCAUAUGUACUAAUGUACUUUGCAUAUACAUCCAGACAGUCCACUGUAAACAGUUUUAAGCAGAAUGCUGCUUUGAAGAAGAAACUUCUGAGUAACUUCUCUCUGGGAAUUGUGCUGGGACUGUCCUGGGUGUUGGGAUACCUGGUCCUUGCCUUUUCUUAUUCAGAUGGACUUAACAUCUUCCUCAACUUUGCUUUCUGUCUGCUGGUCUCCACACAGGGUGUGCAGAUUUUCAUUUUGUUCACGGCAAGGGCAAGACUUUUCAGGAAGGCCACAUCCCGUGCUAUGAAGUCCAUCUCAGGAAUCUCAAUGAACAAAACCUCAAAACGGAAGGGCAGUCUCAACACAGACACAGAUGGAAAUGGAGUAACAAGCAGUUCAUACGGGAUGUUCACAGGAACUAGUGAAACACGCAUGUGAAUCUUCUCUGUUUCUCUGUUUCAAGUGAAAUGGGGGGCAUGUUUACAUCAUUUUGUAGGUACAAAUACAAACAAAAGAUGCCCUCUCAACAAAACAAAAGAUGCCCUCUCAACAAAAAAACUGCCCUCUCAUAAAACAAAACAGCAUCCUUGACAUUCUAGCAACACUGUGCAGUUUCCCAAAGGAACAUUUCUUGUCUUAAAAAUGUUUGUCUCACAGGAAGUGAGAUUU